AUGGCUUCUGGAAUACAAAAUGAAAAGAAAAUUGUGUCUAUUAGUGAAAUAGUGAAGGGGAUGAAAUUAUGCACUAUUGAGGUUCGAAUUAUUAGGGUUUGGGAGAGGCCUAAUUUCAAAAAUCAACUUGAAACUGAAAGUAUUGAAAUGGUCUUGAUGGAUUCAGAGGGAAGUAAGAUUCAAGCUAGCUAUCGAAAAGGCCUAAUAUUGCAAUUUAUGCCAAAAAUUAAGGAGGGUGAAUUUAGACAAUUCUCCAAUUUCUUAGUUCGUGAAAAUGGUGCUAUGGAAAAGUCAACGACACACAAUUGUGUAUUAUCUCUUAAUUACGGAUCACGCAUAGAGGAAUGUCGAGUUCUUGAUAUUCCAAAAUUUGGAUUUACAUUUGCUAAAUUUAAAGAUAUUAUAUCAAAACGGUUACCGGACACCUUUCCUUCAAGUGGUGAACAAAAGAGUGGACAAUUGACACAAUUAUCUAAUGACACAAAUGACUUUCUAAAGGAGGAAUCAAUCAAGGAUAUAUCUGAUCUACUUGAGAUGAAUAAGGCUGGAAUAUGUGUUAGCUUGGCAACUAUUGAAGAUAUUGAUAUUCAAUAUAGUUGGUACAAUGAUGCUUGCAAAAGAUGUAAUAGUGGAUUGGUUAGAGAAGGAGAUGUAACUCGAUGUAGGAAGGACAAUCAUGUUGUCAAAUCAACCGUCCCAACGUAG